UAAGUAUGUGUAUGUAACGUCAUAGCCUUGCGGCUCCCCAUAGCGUAUGGGGAGCCAUACAUUUACGAACUUUUAUGUAUUGACGCAGCCUUGAGGUUCGCGUAGCACGGUAACUGAUAGUUCGAAGCCCAUCUUAAACUAUAGGUCCUACAUGCCCUUCAAUGGUACCAAAAAUCAUUCUUAUUUACUCUCCGAGUCGUACCUAAGCCAAUUAAAAUACUAGUGCUUGAUACCGAAAAACAAAUCCCUUGGAGCACUAGAGCCCAUGUAGGCAAAUACCACAAUGAUACAUGUUUAAUGUAUAACCUAAACUAGUCGCUAAUAACCUCGUAUUUCUUACGAUUUUAAAUAAAUAACAAACGGUCAUGAUCGUGUAUACACUUUUGUUUUUUUUCUACUCGUCUUUUGUUUCUAUUCGAAUGUGUGGCGGCCUAGUGACAACUUCAAUCACUCAUCGUGGAGCAGUGUAGUGGCCACUAAACGUGCCGAGGAAUUUUGUCGCAGUGCUAUGAAGCCAAUAAGUGAACUAAUAUACAUAACAUGAUGACAUUUUACAGAAAUUGAGCGAUUUGCUGGUCAUAUAAAUAGGUCUGAGCACUCCUUACUGAAAACAUUAUUGAAACUUUCUAUCUUUUGAAUUGAAUCGAAAAAGACCGAGAUGAGAGGGAUAAUAACUAACAAUUUAGCUUGAAAUUCCCCAAGUUUCUGAACGGCCACACAACAGUACCAACUAAUUAAAAUUAAGACACUAGUGAAUUUUGCUAGAUGUAUCCAACUUGAUUUUAUUUCCCGAUCUAUGUAGAAUUCAUACGAAGAUAGUAAAAUGUCAAGGAAGAAACAUAAUGUGUCGUAUAUUAAGCCGAAUGAACCAAAAUUUUUACGUGAAUUAAAGGAACAAAUCGGAUACAAGGAAGGACCUACAAUAGACACAAAGAGAGAAGUAUUACCGCAAGAUUCAGACAAUGAAGAAGAACAUGAAGAAGAAAAGCCUGUUGUAGUUGUAUUAAAUUCUGAACACUUGACAGCAGAACAAGCAGAGGCAUAUAAGAAAAAGAAAGGAGAAGAGGAAGCUAAUACUCCAGCAGAUUUAUCUAAAAGAAUUAUAUUCAAGAAAAACAAAAUAACAGAGGCAGAAUCAGAUAAAGCAGAUAAACCAUUGAAAAAGAAGAUUAAAAAAUCAAAACAAGAGAAAGUUGUAUUAUCAUUUAGUGAUAAUGAUGAAGAUUAUUCGUAACAUUGCUUAUGUAUGCCAAAUGCAUUUAUAAUUAAAAUAUAUAAAAUAAAAAUGACUGUACAAGAUCUUAAA